GAGAAUUUGAACUUGAGCCAUCGACAAAAAUUGUUUUUCUUGGAGAAUCAAGCAAACAAACAACGGAUAGAGUGAAGGACUUGUUUGAGUUUCGAAGUAAAAUUAAACAAACGCCUUACUGUAAACCCGGAACUGCUGCCGAACCCGUCGCCGUUAUUGGAAUGUCAUGUCGAAUGCCUGAUUCCAACGGCGUGGACGAAUACUGGAAGACAUAUCUUGACGGUAAAUGUGCAAUACGGCCACAUCCUGAUGAACGUUGGACUUCUGAGCAAGUUGGUAAUAUGGGGAAGAGUGUAAUGGAGUGCGGCUUUGUACCUUUUCCCGUGGACGAAUUUGACGGCGAUUUUUUUGAAAUGAGUCGAGCCGAAUGUAACUUCACCGAUCCACAACAACGAUUUCUACUUGAAGUUUCAUGGGAAGCAUUAGAGGAUGCAGGCAUCAACCCGCAGUCUCUCGCUGGUAGUAUGACCGGAAUUUAUGCAGGGUGUUGGACACAAGACUAUAACGAGCUAAUACAAAAAUUUGCACCUCUUUCUACCGGUGAGCUCAGAUGGUACAUGGGAAACAGCUUUGCAUCAGGAUCGGCACGAUUGGCACACAUUUAUAAGACACGAGGUCCCAACCUUACAACUGAGGUGGCGUGCACUUCUUCCUUUGUUGCGGUAGGUCAGGCGAUACAAGAUCUAAGAUGUGGGGCGUCCAAUCUCGCAAUCGCCACCACUGCAAACCUUAUUAUCAAGCCCACCUUCCAGAAUGACGUCAUCCUAUCAAAGGAAUAUAGGUGUAAAACAUUUGAUGCCGCUGCUAACGGAUUUGCGAGGGCAGAGGGUAUUGCUGCCCUUAUUUUGAAGAGACUAAGUGACGCAGUGCGAGAUGGGGACAGGAUUCAUUCCGUCAUUAUGGGGUUUGGUGCAGCACAGGAAGGCGAAACCAAAAGCGUGGGGACACCAACCAUUGAAAUGGAAACGUUGGCAAUGCGAAUUUCCUUGCGUGAUGCAGGUAUGAGGCCAGAACAAAUCCAAGUUGUUGAGGCACACGGGACUGGAACCGCUAAGGGGGAUCCGCUUGAAAUCAAGGCAAUAUCAAACGCCUACUCCACCUCUGAUCGAACAGAUCCACUGAUCAUAACUGCGGGGAAGGCAAACAUUGGCCAUACUGAAAGCGCAUGCGGCAUUGCAGGACUCAUAAAGAUCACAAUGGCCAUGAGACAUGGCCUGAUUCCUGUGCAAAUCGCAAUUCAAACCUUAAAUCCAGAAAUUGAUUUGACAACUAUCCCUGCCAUUAUACCUUCAGCUGGUAGUAUGCCUUGGUGUCCUGGAUUUGAUAAGCCAAAAGUUGCUGGAAUAAAUUCAUUCGGGUUUACUGGGACUAACACACAUAUUAUUUUACAAGAACCUCCUAAAUCGAUAUGUAAUGAGCAUACAUUUGGUUCGGGAAUGAAGAUCAAUAUUCUAACACUUUCUGCGAAAUCCGCAGCGGCUUUGUCAGAACUAGUUGACAAUUACAAGACCCAUUUGUUGUACAACACAGACAUGAGAUUAGGUGAUAUCGCCUACACGGCUAACGUGGGGCGAGCAAAAUUUUCCAACAGAGUUGCAAUCACUGCUAGAAACAGCGAAGAACUGGCGCAAAAAUUAGACACGAAAAAUUGGUCAAGUGGAAUUGUACAGAAAGAACCAAAGAUAUGCUUCCUAUUUCCAGGACAAGGGACGCAAUAUAAAGGAAUGGGUAGCCAGCUUUAUGACACAUUUCCGGUUUUUAAAGAACAAUUCGAUUUGUGUUUCCAAAUAAUUUUCAAAAUGUAUGGACUAGACAUUAAAGAUGCACUUUAUGGAGAAGGGAUAACAAACGGUCGUCUCAAGCAAUCAUUAUACUCUCAGUGUUCGAUUUUUGCAAUCGAGUACUCCCUAUUUAAAUUAUGGGUAUCACUUGGGGUGCAUCCAUCAAUUGUACUUGGCCAUAGUUUGGGGGAGUUUGCUGCAGCCACUGCCGCAUCACUGAUAACCCUUGAAGAUGCAUUGAAAAUAGUAGGAGCACGGUGCAAGCUAAUUGAGACACUGCCAAGUGGAAAAAUGUUGGCUGCUAGCGCUGACAGCGACGCAUGUCAAGCACUAAUUGGCAAAUUUCUAAAGGAGCGGCCUACAACAAACGCAGCUUGGCUUGAUAUUGCUGCCUGCAAUUCGAAACAACAAACUACCAUAUCCGGACCUCCUGCUGCAAUUGAAGAUUUUGCAGAAUUUUGUCGAAACAAUAGAGUCAGAUCUACCAUCUUAGAUGCCUCCCACCCAUUUCACUCGAGAGCUUUGGAUUCUAUAAUCAAUAAAUUCAAAGAAACUUUGAUGACCCUGAGACAAGACGUCGUGACACCAACUUGUAAAUUCGUUUCCUGUGUCGAUGGUACCGACAAGGCAACCAUAACUCCAGAAUAUUGGGUUUCGAAUUUGAGAAAACCAGUCCAAUUCAUUCAAGCAAUGGAAGCAAUCGAAAAACUAAUCCAGGAGGAUAAUUCCGAUCGACAAUAUAUAUUCCUCGAAGUCGGUCCACAUCCGGUCCUUUCAGGUUUAAUUAUUUCAAAUUUAUCAUUCGCUCCUCAAUGCGUCAAAUCCAUGAGGAGAGGUGGCAACGAGCUGGAGGUGUUCCUCGAAGCUAUCGGAAACUUGUUUGUUCGCGGGGUUUCAAUUGAUUUUCCAAAUUUUCACCAAGUACAUGACGCGAAGAAAGUGUCCCUCCCGUUCUAUCCCUUCCAGAGGAAGUCGUUUUGGUUUCCAUUUAAAUCAGACGAAACUGAUUAUUUCCCAUCUUCAAUGAAGGACGUUCAUCCUCUAUUAGGGAGACAGCUGGUACAACCUCAAGCUUCGGAAAUGAAUAUCAAAAGAUUUGAAAAUAAAAUAACAGUUGAUUCAAACCGAUGGGUGGGAGAUCAUCUCAUCGGACAAUGCGUUAUAAUGCCAGGCUCAGCCUUCCUAGAAAUGACUUUGGCGUCACGUUACCUGACCCCAGACAGUGACACCAGAAAUGUGGACCACUUCACGAUUGAGAAUUUUAGUGUUAAAAACCCUAGCUUUGUCACAAAAAAGGAAUCAACUUAUCAUACAGUAUUGGAGGGCAACAUAGUUAAAAUUUUUACCCUUGUAGAUGCGGACACGUGGUUACAACAUUCCCAAGGAACGAUUAAGGAGUCUUGGUCGCAGGAUUUGAAAUGUGCGAAGGAUCUCUUCCCAUUACUUGAGGACAAUGAAAUACCCUCAUCAAUCCCAAUGGAAGAACAGUAUAGAAACUUCGCCACAGAAGGAUAUAAUUUUGGACCAUCCUUUCUAAGCAUUACGUCCCGAUGGGAAGAUCAGAAACUUAACAAGUAUGCAAAAGCCAAACUUGUUCAGACCGACUUUGAUGCCAGAUUCAUCUUGCAUCCUGUUGUGCUGGAUAGUAUGCUACAGUUUCAUGCAAUGUCCAUGAAAAAAAGAGCAACAAUCGAAGGUACCAUCAUGCUUCCUGUCGCCAUUCGACGUCUUACAGUUUAUAACAUGAACAAACAUACAGAAAACGAUUCGUCCCUGCAUUUCUACCUCAAAAAAUGUUAUGAGACAGGAGCAGUACAUUUGUACAACUCAACUGGCAAGAUAUUAGCAUCAAUGGAAGGAAUUGACGUUCUUGCCCAAAGCUUGGCCAGUCUAGAGGAAAAGCUUCAUUCCAGUCUCAAUCCGAUUAGCCAGUGUCCAGUAUAUGAACUGGAGUGGAGAGAAAAUUAUACGGGAGGACAAGUCUCUGAACCACUUUCAAAACCAAGAAACUGGCUGAUUUUCGGAUUUCAUGACACCUUCACAAAAGAUUUAAUGCAACAACUUAGCGUAUCCAGCGAAACUGUUACACUAAUUAUACUUGGAGCGGAGGAAAUCAUUUCAGCCCAAUAUAUUGAAACGAAUGGGAACACAAAGGAGGCAUUCAUGAACAUUUUAUCGAACUUUCCUAUAUCGGACGGAAUAAUCUUUGCAUGGGGAUUGAAAACUGUGCUAGAUCAGUCGAUAAUUGAAAAGUGGUUUCACCUACUUCAAGCAAUCACGUUAUCCUCAAUGAAUUUGUCGGAACUAUUGCUCCUAACCAAGGGGACACAAUGUGUCUCGAUUAAUGUUGAGGAAUCCGACGAACAGCCAACGGCCGGUUUACUUAUAGGAAUGUUUCGUUCAUUUAAAUCCGAAAAUUCUACCCUAAAAUGUAAAUUAAUUGAUCUGGAUUCUUUAAGUAAGGAGAAUAUUGAAAAUAUUAUUCACGAAAUUUCUGAAAAUUCAGCCGCCGAAAGUGGCGGAAAUAGUAUUUGCUACAAAGAAGGAGUUCGGCUAACCCAAAAAUUGACGAAGCUUAAGCCUUCUAACUUUCUUCAUCUGCCAAGUACUCCCACAUUUUGCCUACGGCUUCCAACUUCACAUCUGAUUUCAGACCUAAAGUUUGUAGAUAUACCACCAAUUUCGGAACUGGAAGUGAACGAACUGGAAGUCAAAGUGAAUGCAUAUUCGCUAAACUUUCGUGACAUUUUCGCAGUUCUAAAGCCUUCAAAAGCCUUUGAAAACAUAGACAUUAUUGGAAGCGAUUUCUCCGGAGUGAUUAGCCGAAUUGGAACUUCCGUACAUAAUUAUCAAGUUGGGGACAUGGUGUUUGGAUAUAAUAGCCAAAACGUCGCGCUAUCUUCACACGUUAUCACCUCUGAGAAGAUGGUCUGCAAGUUACCAAAGGUUUUAACUCAUGAUGAAGCUUCAACUCUACCUACCGUUGCCUUAACUGUUUAUCUAUGCCUGGACAUUGUUGCCAAGAUGAAAAAAGGCGAUACAAUCCUGAUUCAUGCAGCUUCAGGAGGGGUUGGACUAGCAGCUGUACAAUUUGCAAAUAUAGUAGGAGCAAAUGUCAUAGCCACGGCGGGAAGUUCGAGAAAACGAGCGUACCUGAAACAUAUUAUUGGGAUAAAGCAUGUGUUCAACUCAAGGAACCUGCUAUUCGAAUCUGACGUAAAUUUGGCAACUGGUGGAGCUGGAGUCGAUAUCGUUCUUAACUCCUUAACUGGGCCAGGGUUUAAAGAAGCAUCUUUAAAUUGCAUCAGGAAGGGUGGAAGAUUCAUCGAAAUGAGUAAAAUUAACGUUUGGACAGAAGAAGAGUGUCUAUCUCUUCGACCGGAUAUCAAGUACUCGAUUGAAGAUUUUAAAUGGUCAGCCGAAAAUACAACACUGAUGUCGUCUCUAGAACACGUUGCAACGGAAUUACUAAAGCCUUUACCUUACAUUCACUUUCAUUCAAACGAAAUAAUAAAUGCAAUGCAUUUCCUGGAAAAGGCGAAACAUAUCGGAAAAGUAGUUGUUAGUAUGCCAGGCAAGGAAAACACACUAUUUAGUGACAGAAGUAGCUAUCUCAUAACAGGAGGAUGCGGCGGCAUUGGGUGGGAAUUGAUGAACUGGAUGUUGAUGAAUGGUGCAAAUCGGAUUAUCCUGAUGAGCCGAAAUAUUCCAACCUCGGAACGACAGGACGAAAUUAAUGAUCUGAAAAAUCGCGGCUGCGAUAUAAUUUGGAAACGUGGGGACGUAAGUAACCUGUCUGACUGUGCAUAUGUAUUCUCCUGGAUGAAGGAGAAAUUCCCUCAUUCACCACUUAGAGGGAUAUUUCAAUGCGCUGGUGUUCUGUCGGAUGCCGCGUUCCUAAACCAGACAAAGGAGUCAUUAAUCAAAGUUCUGAACCCCAAAUUCCAUGGCGGUUGGAAUCUCCACGAACUUUCUAAACAUUUAAAUCUUCAGUAUUUUGUACUCUUUUCGUCGAUUACUUCACUAAUUGGAACCCCUGGGCAGGGGAAUUAUGCAGCCGCUAAUGCGUUCUUAGAUUCACUCUCUCAUUACCGACACGCCCUAGGUCUUCCAGCAAUUUCUAUAAACUUUGGACACUGGGGAGAAGUUGGGCUAGCUGCGGGACAACAUAUUUCCGGGCUUCACCCCAUCUCCACGAAGCAAGCUUUGGAUGCCUUAGAAGUUGCUUUAAAGUCAAAGUCCAAUCAACUUUGUCCAGUUGCAAUGAAUGUUCCCAAAUUGGUACAACGAAUUCCUUGGAUUAAAAACUUUUUAGUAAAUAUCCUGGAAUCAGAGGGCAGCCAGAAAGGAAAAACGGAUGGGUUAAAAAAAAUUGACUUCGUCACCUCCGAAAUGUUUUGGCAUGAGGUUGAAGCCUGCAAUAGCGAAAUUGAUCGUACUUCCGUAAUUCGUAACCAUGUCGAAAGGAUUAUAUCUUCAGUUCUUGAAUUGGACCAAAACAGUGGGAUCAAUCGAAAAUUUUCUGAGCUAGGAUUGGAUUCAUUAAUGAUGAUUGAGAUUAAAAACCAAAUAUCCACCUUCCUUGGCGGAAAUGUGCAUAUGAGUCUUAACGAAUUUGCCGACAGUGAGGACCUUGAGAGUCUGGUUAACUUCAUCUCGAAACUUGUUGAAUCUUGGGUCUAUCCAAAACAGGCUGAUAUCUGAUUUAGCUAGUGAGUUAUCACUUUUCCAAAAAAACAAUAACUGGUAAAAAAAUUGUAAUAAUGUAAAUAGGCUUGCAGGAUUAUCCAUACCACACAAUUUUGUGAGAUCGUUAUCUGUCUUUAAAAAUUAUUUACUUGAUGAAAUCUAAGCUCAAACUCUAACCAAAACAAAUUAAUAUUUUUCUGUUAGUCAUUAGUGAAUAUUGUAUUAGGUUUGAGUAACUAAUACUUUUCAAUUAUAUGUAGGGUUGAAACUUACAAAUUACAAAUUACUGUUGUUUUGGGACCAUUAUUUGCUUAAACCUGAACGUUUUCCGAACAUAUAUUUACACGGUAAUUAAUUACCUGAAGGGCCUUAAUUAAUUACAAUUGCGUGUAUUAUAUUUUCUUCAUACAUACAUACAUAAAUGCAUCUGAUUAUAGAAAAGAAAUUGCGUACUAUGAUACGUGCAUAGAUAUGUAAAUAGACAAUGAUGUAAAUGAAAAUGCUGGGAUUGAGUUCUAAAUAAAGAUCUAGUUGAUGAGUAA